AGCGGUCGUUCCUGCGCCGGUGCGUGGUGACAACGCCCGCCUGGGCCGGCGCCCGCAACGUUGGACCUACAGGGGCCGCUGUGGGCCGGCAGAGCCAUAGACGUCUGCGGGCUCCAGGGACAAUGGCGGUGUUUCACGACGAGGUGGAGAUCGAGGACUUCCAAUAUGACGAGGACUCGGAGACGUACUUCUACCCCUGCCCGUGCGGGGAUAAUUUCUGCAUCACCAAGGAAGAUUUGGAGAACGGGGAAGAUGUGGCAACAUGUCCUAGCUGCUCUCUCAUUAUCAAAGUGAUUUAUGACAAAGAUCAGUUUAUGUGUGGAGAAACAGUCCCAGCCCCUUCCACCAACAAAGAAUUAGUUAAAUGCUGAAGACUGCAGGAAUCUAAAUCCUGAACAUCUGGGAAUGAGCCAAGCUGGAAAAAGUCAAAUGCAUAGUUGCUGGCUUCUUCAUGGGGACAACCCUUUUGAGUUUGCUGUUCUGUUAGAGUGUGGAUUCUUUCCAUCGGCUACCGAGUUCAUCUCCAAUUAAAGAAGCAAGUCCACAACAUGACGUACCUGGAUUUUGUGCUUCGAACUUUGAAUUGGAAGUGUUCUUAAUUUUCCAUCUGAAUUUAAAGGAAGAUAAUUUCAAUUCAGUAUUUUCUUUCUUUAGUUAUUUUUACAUCUUACACCUGCUUAUUUCAUUAUCUGAUAACAGCAUCAUCUACCUCAAAGUCAUUAGGUUUCCUUAAUAAAAUGAGGGAUUUUA